AUGAGAACCCCCCGAAAGGCGGGCGGGAUUGCGGCGGAUGAGAUCCCGCCUGCAUCACAUCGGUCUAUCCGCAACAUGGCCUCCGGCGACUGGGAAAUCUCUCGCAGCGCGAUCGUCGUCCUCAUCCUCCUCGGUUGUAUCAUCUCUGUUCUCAUCGGAUACUCAAUGCAUCGCCUCAUGGGCGGAAGCGCCUUUGAGGGGCAGGAAGAGGCCCUCGAAGGCCCAGGAAACGAACAAAUGGCAUACAUGCGGCAAAUUCGGCAGCGGAACCUGGCGAUGAUAUACCAUGGAUCUCGCACAAAGGACUCGCCAGUCUGA